AUGGACAUUCACAGCUUCCCCAUCAACUUAGGCCAACCCCCGGAACGCUGCGCAAGCGAAGCCGUUGCCCAAAGCACUACCGUGUCGGCAGCUGUCAGAUCUACCCAAGGGGCUGAUUUGGUCGCUGCACUACCGUCUGCUCCUUCAAACCCGACAAAGUGGGCCGUCCGUCGGUCGGACCCCGAUGACACCGUUGUCAUCGAUCGCCCAGCCUUCGGUACCAACGCCCUGGUGUACUUUUGCGACAUCUGCUCAUCAGCAUCUGAAUGGUCGCGGCGACUGGCACCCUACCUGAACCUUGACAACGGCAGAAAUCAUAAUACCGAAGGUUGCACUGCCGCCAUGGGGCAUAAUAGCCCCGUAAAAAUUGCUGUGCGCUGUCAGAAUGUUGCUCACAAACCAACGUCUGGAGAGCGACAACCUGUCACGACUACAUGGAUCGGUCAAUGUCUGCUCUAA